GUUUCUGGUUUUGAUUUGGUGGGUUGAGUGGGCGUGGGGGUGUGGAAUACAACGAGGAAGCCCCACUUUGCUGAAUGGAUUCAUUGCACUUGGGUUUUCUUACAGUGUAUUGUCAUGUACACAAACUUCCGCACCUCCUUCCCAAUAAUAAAACCUUCAUGCCUGUAACAUUCCUUCUUCAGCGGAGGUCGUUCCUCACUCCUCUCUUCCUUUCUCAUCUUCUUCUCCCCUCUUUUUGCCCUAUCUGAUAGGGUUUUUUGUUGCAGCUUUCUCCCCUCUUUCUCAUGCAUUCAUCCCCAAAAUUUCUUGAGCUUGGCUUCUCGGUCUUCUGCUUCGCGGCUGUUCUCCUUUUUGCUCUCUUCGGAGGGUUUUGUACUGCCGAACGGCGUAUUCCAAGUCUUCCGGGGACUUCUCAGCUGCUCUCAUGUCUAAGGUCUUUGAUUUCACUGAUGGUGCUUUUUGCCCUGGGGUUUCAAUAUACUCAAAGCCCAAGGAGCCAAGCCUCUUUUUGUCCCUUGGGAGCCAUGUUGAUGUGUACUUUCCUUCUUGCAAGAGGCCUCGCAUUAGUGCUCCUCUUUUUUUCAGUGGAGAUGGGUCUGAGCAGAAGAAGCUUAGCUCCAUUGAAGUUCUUCCUGAUGAAUGCCUAUUUGAGAUCUUCAGACGCCUACCCAGUGACCAAGAGAAAUGUGCCUGUGCUUGUGUUUCUAAGCGCUGGCUUAGGCUUCUAAGCAACAUCUGUAGCAGUGAAUUCUGCAACAAGAAAAUUACCAAAACUUUGAAUACCGAGGAAAAAUUGAUUUCAAGUGAGGGGACAUUUAAGUUUGAUGAUCAGGAAAUUGUGAGGGAUGGGUAUCUUUCAAGGUGUUUGGAAGGGGAAAAAGCAACUGAUGUCAGACUUGCUGCCAUUGCUGUUGGAACUGCUUGUCGUGGAGGAUUAGGAAAGCUCUUGAUCCGAGACAGCAAUCCUCGCGGGGUGACAAAUCUUGGUCUCAGGGCUGUUGCCCAUGGCUGCCCUUCUCUAAGGGUUCUCUCUCUUUGGAAGGUAGCCUCUGUUGGAGAUGAAGGUAUAUUUGAGAUUGCUAAAGGCUGUCAUAUGUUAGAGAAGCUUGACCUUUGUCAGUGUCCAGCAAUUACUGACAAAGCUUUGAUUGCAAUUGCAAAGAAUUGCCCUAAUUUGACAGAUUUAACAAUUGAAUCUUGUUCAAACAUUGGGAAUGAAAGUUUGCAAGCUGUUGGACGUUGGUGCCCUAAGUUGAAGUCCAUUUCAAUUAAAGAUUGCCCUCUUGUUGGGGAUCAAGGAAUUGUGAGUCUGUUGACGUCAGCAUCAUAUACCUUGACAAAGAUAAAGCUUCAUGCAUUAAACAUCACUGAUGUUUCCCUUGCUGUUGUUGGACACUACGGCAAAGCCGUCACUGAUCUAGUCCUUUCUGGUAUCCAGAACGUUAGUGAGAGGGGCUUUUGGGUCAUGGGCAAUGGUCAUGGUCUGCAGAAGCUGAAGGUUUUCACAAUUAUAUCCUGCCAAGGUGUGACAGAUGUUGGGCUUGAAGCUGUUGGGAAGGGUUGCCCAAAUCUAAAACAAUUCUCCCUCCAUAAAUGUGCAUUCUUAUCUGACAAUGGUCUGGUGUCUUUUGCCAAAGCUGCAGGAUCACUUGAGAUACUCCAGCUUGAGGAGUGCCACCGGAUCACCCAUCGUGGGUUUUUGGGUACCCUUAUUAGCUGUGGUAUGAAGCUGAAAUCACUUGCUUUGACAAAUUGCUUAGGGAUUAAGGAUGUAGCUUUAACAUUGCCUCACAUGUCUCCUUGCAAAUCUCUUCGUUCGUUGUCUAUCCGUAGCUGUCCUGGAUUUGGGAAUGCUAGUUUGGCAAUGUUGGGGAAGUUAUGUCCUCAAUUGGAGUGUUUGGACUUGAGUGGACUCAAUGAAAUCUCUGAUGCUGGGGUUCUCCAUCUGACUGAAAGCUGUGAAGCUGGUUUGGUAAAGGUUAAUCUGAGCAGUUGUGUGAAUAUUACAGAUGAAGUUGUUUUGAGCAUCGCUAAGCUGCAUGGUGGGACUCUUGAACUGCUGAAUGUUGAUGGUUGUGGGAAGAUUACAGAUUCAAGCCUCAUGGCAAUUGCAGAAAACUGCAUGUUGCUAAGUGAUCUUGAUGUUUCAAAGAGCGCAAUCUCUGAUUUGGGCAUUGCUGCCCUGGCUUGUGCAAAGCAGCUCAAUUUGCAAAUCCUUUCCAUCUCAGGUUGCUCUUUGAUUACAGAGAGAAGCUUGUUUUUCUUGGGAAAAUUAGGUCAGACCCUUAUGGGGUUGAACCUCCAGCAUUGCAAUGCAGUCAGCAGCAGUAAGGUUGACCUUCUAGUGGAGCAGCUAUGGAGGUGUGAUAUCCUUUCCUGAGCCAGGAUGGAAAAGAUAGCCUGCUUCCCGAAUUAUAUCCCAGAUCCCGAGAAGGGUGAAAUAUUCAGGAAGUACAAGUUCUAGUUAGUUUUUAUGGUAGCAGUAGUGAUUUGUUUUGUUUUUGGGUCCAUCAGUUGGGUCUUCUGUUGUCGGGUACCCCGGUUCAUUUUUCCAGCGAUGAUGGCCUAUUACUCCCCUUUUUUUUUUUGUGGGUUUCCUAGUCAAUUGGGAAUCUGUGACAAAGUGUUUUGGCUCCCAAUUAUAGGACCCUGCAUUCCCCAUGGCCAUAUUUCCCUGAGAUCAUUGAAGCCGGGAUUGUCAGUACCUGGUGUUUUUAGCUUUUGCAAAGCAUUGGUUAGACCUUCAUGCAAAAGCUUUCAUCCCCUUAGUCUUUUAAUUUGUCUGUUUUUGAGUCUGUCCACUAUCCCUUUUACAGUGUCUUCCACUCUUUUGAACUCCUCAGGUUCUGCACAUUGUGGUUGGGGCUCUGUUUUCCUUGUAGGGUGGGUUGAAGAUUCCUCUAGGUAAGUCAUCUGUUGCCAUCGUUGCUCUUGGCAGUUUGAACGAUGGUGCCUCGUGGUCGUGGGCUUUGGCCAUGGUAGCAUGUUGUUUCGGUCUGCCAUGACACCCCUUGUAUGGGGGUUUUUUUUUUCCAAGCCCUAGUUUUGCAGGCAUCAUUUGUUCGAGCACUGCCCUCUGCGACGAUGUUAUGUUGUAAUGCCAUUAGAACUCAACUUCUGUGUUGUAUGGAUUUUCGUCCUACUUCAGAAUGAUAAAUAAAAUCUGCGAUCUGUUUAUUCUA